AUGUCUGAGUUUUACGCUGUUAUCCUUGCUGAUAAUUAUGACAACUAAUUUAAUCAUCUAACAAACACCUUGCCAAAAAGUUUAUUCCCAUUUGUAGAUGAUUUAAUUAUUGAACAUUAAAUAAAUUGGUUAUCAAAAAAUGAAAUUGAUCAAAUUAUUAUACUUUAUAGAAAUGAAAAGAUUGCAGAAUAUUUUAAUAAUAGAAAGAGACUUGGAAGGAAGACAUAAAAUAUUUAAUUGAUUAAUAUUUUAGAUAGCAAAAGUUCUGGAGAUGCAUUAAGAGAGCUAUACAGUCACGGAAUUAUUCAAUAAGAUUUUUUAUUAUUAUUUGGUGAUGUGAUAACAAAUAUUUCUUUAAAAGAUGCUAUCAAUAAAUAUCACGAUUAAAGAAAAGAAGAUAAAAUGAACAUCUUAUUGAUGGUUGCUCAUUAAGGAAUAUAAUAAUAUGAAGAAGAAAGAUUUCUUUACGUUUUGGAAAAUGAUGAUAAACUCUUCUAAUUGAUAGAUUUACAAUAAAAAUAAAUCAAAUUUAACAAAAAACACAUAACAUUGACUAAGGGAAUGCCUUGCAAAUACGUGAUUAGGAGUAAUCUUAUUGAAUCUGGAAUCUAUAUUUGUAACCGAGACGUCCUCAAGAGUUUCCAAGAAAAUUUUAUGUGGGCAGAAAUCAAAGAAGACUUUAUUAAAUACAUGACAACUACUAGCGAUAUCCAGGAAGAAAAGAUACAUUUAUAUAUUGCUCCUAAAACCCAAGUAUGUUAAAGAAUAUUCCAUCCCCAAUCAUACCAUAAUGCUUGUCUUAAAUAUUUAAGUAGAUUCUUUUUUCCUUAUUGUCCUUAAUAAUAGUAUUACGUUGACUUUUUUAAAUAUUUUGCUGGUAGAGUUGACUAGAAAUCUAAAAUUAGCGAUUAAUGUUUUAUUGGAUAAAACACAGAUGUUAAACCAAAGGUCACUAUUACAAAAUCAAUAAUUGGCAAAAAUUGCAAAUUAGGAAUCGGUUGUGAAAUUAUCAAUAGUAUCUUAUGGGAUAAUAUUGAAGUUGACGAUAAUAUUAUUAUUAAAGAUUGUAUAGUUGCCUCAGGGUGUAAAAUAAAAGGUUCAAUUCAAUCACAAAUUGUAACAAUGGAGAAUCAAAAAAAUGUAAAAUAAUUGUCAAACUUUUAAAAAUACGAUGAAAACGCUUUUCAGUCUGAGGAUUCUGAUUAAGAAUCUGAUUCACAUGAAUUGCAUCAAAAAAAACCAAAAGAAAAUGAUGAUUAAGGAUUAAAAGAAGAUAUGAUAGAUAUUGUCGCCAAAUGUUAAACUGUGAGUUAAGUUAGGCAAGCUAUAAUUAAUGUAGAUACAAUUAAAGUUAAUUCUAAUAUUGCUUUUGAGAAUAUUGUUAUAGCAUUUAUGGCAGCAUUUUUGGAUACUCUCUAACCAGAUAUUGAUUCCCUUAAAAAUGCAUAUGCUUUAUGGGAGGAAUUUAUUGUUAGGUUUGUAAGUGAAACAGAGGUUGUGUGUUACAUUAAAUCAAUAGAAACAUUUUGUAGAUAGAAUUAGCAGUAUCAUUUGAACUAAUUCUUAUAAUUGUCUUACAAGCAUUAAAUAUUGAGUGAGUAGGUAAUCUUAAAUUAUUAAAAUCAAAUGGCUGCAGUUGAAGAUGACUAAUUUGCAAAAGAGUUCACACAAUCCAGUUAACAAUUUAAAGAAUACCUUGAAAACAUUAUUGCAGAGUAGGAAUAAUAAUAAACUCAAGAAGAAUAAGGAGAUGGUGAAUAUGAGUAUGAAUAUGUAUAUGAAUGA